AUGUGCUCUCGACCACUCACGAUGGGUUCCCUGCUGGUGCUGGCGACCGUGCUGGUCGCGGUGGUUGCGGCCAGCGACAAGAUGGAGAAGCAAAAGUUGUUCCGAGUUGCACGGGUCAGUCCGAUGGGAGUAAGUUCGUCGUGAUGUGAAUGUGACGUGUUUCCAUAUUGUAGUACGAUGAGGUUUAGAUUUGUGUACUUGUAGAUCCAUGGCUUUCAGUUUUGAAGCCUUUUUACUGCUACAUUGAAAUUUGACUGAAACGGGGUUGCAGGCAAUAUCACUCUUGUUUUUAUUUGCAUUAGGCUUUUUGAGUACUAACGCAUACUGUAAUUAACAACAUUUUUCGAAAGAAAUCAGUAUUUAUUUAUAAUACUAACUUUUGCUGUAAAAUCUAGUUUUUUUAAAACUUUUUAAGACCUCUAUAUUAAAAUGUCAAUCAAAAAAUAAAUAUUUUUCCAGAAAAUUAAAACUACGGUAACAAAUCACGGGUUUCGCCACUAUUCUAGCAGAUGUUGUACUAUACACAACAAUGAAAUACUUUUCGAACCGUUUGAGUUCAAGUUUGUAAAGUAACAUUUUUGGUCAAAAAACAAAAACACAAUCGAAUUAGUGUCAUUUUUGGUCGUUUAUGGCCUUGUUUAAUGUGCUAUUUAACGUGUUAUGAGCUAGGUCGGAAAACUUUUACCUCAAUGUAACUUUUUUUUGAAAUAGGUUGUAGGUCAUACUUAUUUUUACUUAAAAACUGUAUGACGUAGUAAAUUUAUACCCUUACGACAUCUAUGAAAUCGUGAUUUUCACUUUUUUGUAAGAACUAGUAUGUCACGAUAAAAGCUUGUGUUAGUUUAACAUAAUCAACUAUCAUAAUAUAAUCCUAGUUUCCAAUUCUAAAACAAAGAUUUCCGUUGAAAAUUUAAUUAAACUCCACAAGUAUUGCCACUUUUGACCUUUUUAUGUAAGAAUUAAAAAAUACAAACGUUUACUCUGUUGGUAAUGUCAACUGUCCGGUGAUUGACUGUUUACCACGUUAUGAUAAUUGUGCGUAAUGGAGCAAACAACAAGUAUAUACUAUGCAAAUUUUAUAUAUUGUGGAGCUGUUUUAUAUAAGUGCUACAGCUAUAGUAAAUAAUUUUUUUCUACCGUUUACAUAACUUAAGCAAAGUAUAGCAACCUAAACAAAGCAUGAUAAGUAAAAAACAUUGUUUUCUUAAGAUUUCCGCUUUUUCUACAAACUUUUUGACCAAAAAUACAUAAAGUUUCCUCCUGUCUCUUUACAGUGCGAUAGUGUAGUGCUUUAGCCACGUAAACUCAAAAUAUACCUAAAUUUACAGAGCUUCCCCUACUCUUUAGCCUACAUGAGGAUGAUGCGACCAGCUCAAUCUUCGAUCCGACCGGUAGCUUCGUACGAGUGGCUGAACAAAGCCGAAGCCGACAACGAAUUAGCGGAGUUCAUCGACUCCAUCGACGCCAACAACUUUAUCGACGGUCGCGAGCGACGAUCCACGGGACCAGUUUACAAAAGUAGGUAUCAACAUUUGUUGAAAAUUAAAAAAAUUUUUUAAAUGAUUGUAACUUGUACAAAAAAAAAAAUUCUACAAACUUUUCGACCACUUUGCCUAAAAAAACAAAAUUUUAAAAUUUUUUUAAAAGGUUUGGUAAAAUACGCAUUGUGCAAAAUUGCAACGUAUAAAAAGUUGAUACAGGAUACGCAUGUCGCUUCAAGUUCUGUCGUAUCUUCGAUGCCUGA